AUGUCUAUCAGCAAUGGACGGUACCCGAAAGUACGACUGGUCGAACAACCCUCUAGAAAGGCACGAGAACUGGAGGAGCAGCUACUCAACAAAGAUCGUUUGUUGGAAGAGGCGGAGGUCGAAUUGGAUGAAUUGAUGAACUGCGACUCUGAACAAAUACAACUUCUUGAAGACGAAAGGAGACUGCUAUUCCAACAGAAGACUGCCGCAGAAAUCAGAGCAGAGAGAUUGCAACGCCGCAUCAACGAGCUCGAAGGAGAGCUGCACACUCUGAAAUCAUCGAAGCCCAUCGACAGAGGCGUUGAUCGUACCAUGGUGUCGCCUACAAAUGCCGUUGACAUCAAAGAGGCUCCUUCGGAUGACCAGUCGCAGUCUAUCCUGCCUGCUUUCCCCCCGAAUGAUUGUGGAAGUUCAUCCCUCAACAACGAGGGCCCAAAAAGAGACCAGCAGAAUCCCACAGCUCCAGUUCGGAACGACGCAAGUUUGGUUAUGCAGGGUCUUGGCCUCAACAUAGAGGGUGCGUACGCUGUUGAUGCGGUUCCGAUAAGCGUCCAAUCCACAUCCGAUCUUAUGACCUACCCCGAAGAUGCGUUGAAAUCGAAAAACGCUCAGAAAUGGUUUCCGGCUGCAUUUGAAUACCUCAAUCGAAAUCUAGGUGAAGGAUAUGCCAACCUUUUCAAGAAAUGGGUCGAGUUCGAAUGUUCCAGAGGCUGGGCAUCUUCAACCAGAGGUCUGGCACGCCAAAAUAGGCCCGAGGAACUUAGCAAAUGGAUACUCAACUGUAGGUAUGACAGGCGGGGUAACGAACCCGAACUGAAGACGGACGACGCUCUUAUUCGGUUUCGCGAGUGUUUUGUGCGCUGGUGGAAACAGCUUCAACAAGCUCCUGAUGCCGGAGAGCUGGCCAGUAACCUGGAGGGAUGGCGAAAUCUCGAUAGGAGCGGGAAGAACGGCUGGCUCAGUGUGCUUGCUUGCCUCAAAUGGUGGGGGACGGCAUUGGGAGAUCAAACAGAUAGGGAAGGCGCGAAGGGACACGAAUGGCGUACCAUCGUUACAGAUGCUUCACUUGUGUUGACCAAUCUUAUUGAUGCAGCUCAAGAGAACGUCUAA